GCAGCGAGCUCGUGGGCUCGUGGCCGAGGCCGUUGACCUCCAUAGCGCAGGACGCAACGCCUCUCCUUCUGUGGUGCUAUCUUCCCACUCUGUGCGCGUCGUCUCCGACCCCUGAGCUCGGGAUGUCCGGAUCGCGGCGGUUGCAGCAGCCUGCCAGCCGGGCCGACGAGCUGUCGCUCCCCUUACUAACCGGCCGUUGCAGCUGCCAUGUACUAGCAGCAAGCAGCGCUCGCCUUGACUCCUGCAGCUGCCCUGUCCGAUCAGGCGAACAGGGAGGGGAGAAGAUGCCGCCACCGCCGCCAACCAUCCGCCUGGGGCCCCCGCACCCGUACCUGACGACCCACGGAGGCAAGGUCGCGAGGCUGCACCUGUACGACUGGGUUGUGCUGGCCCUUCUCGUCGCCAUCGACGUGGGGCUCAACCUCAUCGAGCCGUUCCACCGGUUCGUCGGCGAGGACAUGAUGGCCGAGCUCCGGUACCCGCUGAAGAGCAACAUCGUCCCCGUCUGGGCCGUGCCGAUAUACGCAGUCAUCGGGCCGAUCAUCAUCAUCGUCGGGAUCUACAUGAAGCAGAGGAACGUGUCUGACAUGCACCAUGCCAUUCUAGGCCUUCUGUUCUCCGUGCUCGUCACCAGCGUCCUGACCGACGCGAUCAAGGACGGAGGUGGCCGGCCGCGCCCCAAUUUCUUUUGGCGCUGCUUCCCUGACGGGAAACCGAAGUUCAACAACAUCACCUCACAAGUCAAAGUCAUAUGCCACGCCGACCCGGCUGUGAUCAAAGAAGGGCACAAAAGCUUCCCGAGUGGCCAUAGCUCAAGGCCCGUUUAUUUUGUGCCGUGA